GUGCCGGUGAGAGCACCAAACACACUCACCCUGGGCAGCAGCGGCGGAUCAUCAGCUGCGGGUGUACCGAGCUGCUGUGGACUUGGGUUUGGAAACAGGACUAGAGCGUAACUACAAAAAGAAAAGAAGAGUAGCUUUUUUAAAAGCCUGGUUGCUGUUUGAAAAAAAAGUUGUGUUCGCAAAGACAAGGCGACCAGAUACUACGAAAUAGGCUAUUGCUGCACGGGCUGCUUGUAAAGAAGAUCUUGCUUAAGAACAAAGUGCAGGAGAAGAGAGGAGCAAGUGAUGAGAGCUCUUUGCCAUUUCCCUUUCUGCCCCAGACCUCCAGGAGGAGCGCACUGGGUGUCACUCUGAGAGUGUGUGGUGUGUCUGACGCUGUCAGGGUGCCAUGGCUCUGGUUCAGGCACUACCUGUGACCGUGACUGACCACCCCAAUCCAGGUCUCGACGUCCAGCAGUGCCGGCCGCUAUCGUCCCACUCCCCCUCAGGCCCCUGUCCUGACCCCUGUGGUCCUUGCAGCUCUGGGACAGCCAUGGGUUCUGUCAGCAGUCUCAUAUCAGGCCGGACAUACCAGGAGAGACACUGCCGGGCCGCCAGCGAAUUCACCUCCAAGUCACGCCGCUCCACGCCGGCUACCAGCUGUUUCCGGCUCCAGGAUAAUACCCUCCGAAGCGGGAGCUCCCUGGAGCAGCUUCUAGUCAUCAGCAACCAAACGCAUCCCCAGGCCCAGGUUCUGCCUCCACCGCUGCCCACCAAGAAGCAGCCCCGGCCUGGUAACUCUGCUGGGGCAGCCAGUGGAACAGUUUCUGGAGUAGUAGGUGGUGGCAAUAGUGGGAACUUUGGGUAUGUGAGCGAUGAGGUGGUGGUUGGAGACUGGAACGACAACCCGGUGCUGGCAACUACAAGUCCGUGCAGUGACUCGGAGGAGCAAAGGGACAACAGGACUCUGAAUGGCAACAUUGGAGGGCCUCCUCCCAAACUCAUCCCGGUGUCCGGACAGUUAGAGAAGAACAUGGAGAAAGUGCUGAUCCGUCCUACAGCAUUCAAACCUGUCAUUCCCAAGAAUCGUCACUCUGUCCAGUACUUGUCACCCCGGCCAGGGGGUAGCAGUCUGUCAGAGAGCCAGGCUAGCCUCAACCUCCUGCUGCCCCUUGGAGGAUCCAACAGUGUCGGCGGAACGAAUGCCAUCGGAGGGAGCAGCGGUUCCAGCUCUGAAGGGAAGCGCAACUCCUUCUGCGGAGGCCGCAAUGCUCGGAGCAGCCAGUCCUGCUCCAUGUCAGAUUCAGGGAGGAACUCCCUCUCCAGCCUCCCUACUCACAGCAGCACAGGCUACAGUCUGGCCCCCAGUGAGGGCUCAAGCUCUGGGUCUGGCUCCGGGGGCCAGCUGGAGCCCGUGUCGGGCCUGGGCCGGAACACUUCAGGUGGAAGCGGGAGCCAUGGCCACACUAACUCAGACAGUGGACGUUCCUCAUCCAGCAAGAGCACAGGCUCGGGGUCGCUAAGUGGCCGUGGGCAGCCCCUGUCGGACAGCGGGUCCUGUGGCCACUCGCCGCCACCCACAGAGGGCUAUGAGGUGGUGGUGAGAGAGCUCGAGGAGAAGCUGAGGGAACGAGACCUGGAGCUCCAGCAGCUCCGGGAAAAUCUGGAUGAGAAUGAAGCUGCUAUCUGCCAGGUGUAUGAGGAGAAGCAGCGUCGCUGUGAAAGAGAGAUGGAGGAGCUGCGACAGAACUGUGCAACAAAGAUGAAGCAGGCUUCUCAGAAGGCCCAGAGGGCACAGCAGGUGCUACAGUUACAGGUAUUUCAACUACAGCAGGAGAAGAAGAAGCUGCAGGAGGACUUCUCCUCUCUGCUGCAGGACAGAGAGACACUAGAAAGGAGGUGUGCCACCAUCCAGAGGGAGCAGACGCAGCUGGGCCCACGUCUGGAAGAGACAAAAUGGGAGGUGUGUCAGAAGUCAGGAGAGAUCUCCCUCCUGAAGCAGCAGCUGAAGGAGAUCCAGUCGGAGCUCAGCCAGAAGGCCGGAGACAUUGUGGUGCUGAAGGCCCAGCUGCGAGAAGCCCGUUCUGAACUGCAAGCCAGCCAGGCUCGAUCCCAGGAGGCCCAGGCGGCCAUGCGGACGCGAUCUCUUGAGCUGGAAGUCUGCGAGAAUGAACUUGUGAGGCGAAAGAGCGAAGCUGAGCUGCUCCGGGACAAAGUGGGACGUUUGGAGGAGGAGUCAGCCCGCCUCCGUGACACUCUGUCCAAUCACUGUGGACUCUCUCUACCUGGAAAUGCAACCAUGAAGGGACAAUGCAUGAGCCUCUCCCUCCAACAGGGUAGAAGUGUGGCAGGAAGGGGCGGUCCCAGUCCCUGUGUGUACCGCGAUGGAGAGGAGACUCAUCUGGUCUGGGGAGGGGAGAGUGAUGAGGCCAAGGCACAGAGGCAGAAUGCAGAAACAGUGCUGGGACUCAGACAACAGGUGGACAGGCUGAAGGCUGAACUCAUGUACGAGAGGAGGACUAGUGAGGAGCAACUUUCACGGUUUGACGAUGAGAGGAGAGUGUGGCAGGAGGAAAAGGAAAAGGUAAUCCGCUACCAGAAACAGCUGCAGCAGAACUACAUCCAGAUGUACCGCCGAAACCGGGACCUUGAGCGAGUGAUGAGGGAGCUGAGUCUGGAGCUGGAAAACAGGGACAUGGAGGACUAUGAUGUCCACAGUGGCAGCAAUGACAUCCACUUUGAGGAAAUCACCGCCACUGAGAUCUAAAAACACACACUUACAGUAAUAUGUGCACAGAAACCUGGAAACAACUCACAAAAGACUCUGAGGAUGUGAACCAAGCAUUGAACUCCAGGCCAAAUGCUGCACCAUCUUCCACGUGGCUUUUCCUGGACCACUGAGCAAGCACUCACCACAUGUCACUGUCAAAAGGGAGAUCUCCCAAAGGUACAUUCUUACAAGGUGUCCCCGCUUUUAAUGGGUUUUAUUCCACUAUAAAGGCAACACAAAGACUUAUUUCCUUCUGUGGGAGCAAAAGCAGUGAAAAAGUGUUUCUUUCUCAAUCAUGUUCAAAUCAGGGUAUUGAAAAAUCUACGGGAACUUAAAGCAAAAAAUCUUUACUACACGCACAGCAAUCUGGUGAAAGCGCAGUCACACCUUUCUUGGUAGCACACAAGGUUAAACACCCGUACACCAGCAUGCAUGUAAUGAUCAUGACAGUAGUGCCAUCAACAAAUCCGGCGGCUAUUAAUGAUGACCUCAUCACCCGUCCAAACUGUGCUCAUUGACAACCGCCACUCUAGUCCUCCGAGUAACUGCUAAAGGGAAAAUAUUACACCAUCAGUUUGUAUUUCAUAGUGUUCUGACGAUAAACAGUAUAUUUAAUUUUACAAAUUAUAAAAGGAUUUCCUCAGCAGUGUUUAUUUGAAGAAGAAUGUAUUGUGGCUAUUACCACUCCACAGAAAUGCAGUAUAAAUGAUCAUCACUGGAAAUGAAAGAAUCUGCUCACCAAGGGAAACACGGUAUCAUUUUGCACAACUUUCCCCCUCUCUGAUCGGGACACAGCUGUCUGUCUUGUGAAGCAAAUCAUCAAACUUAAACAAACCAGUUUUGACAUUUAUUUCUUGGUUUGCUUACACAUGGACAUCCUGUUCUGUCGCUUCCCCAAACCCUGCAGAGGACACAGAAACCAAACGUUUAACUUAAAUGCUCUAUUUCAACGCUGCUCAUGUCUUCUAGACCACCAACAGUCACAUAGUUGCACUCAAUCAAUGUGUCAACUCAUUUAGACAAUGCAGCAAGCUCUGACAAACAUUUACAUUUUAUAAUUAUGUAGCGCUAGGAAGCAGAUCACAGCAUCUCUCUUUCCAUCUCUGUCUCUUUUGUGUGCUAUAUCAGGAAACAAAAAAUGGGGCUCUUAGUUUGGUUGCAACGUCACUGAGAAAUUUAAGCCGGUGUUUGAACUGUAGGCAUGCUUAUUCAGAGUUUCCGUUUAUUCCCCUUGUUUCCUAUUAGUGGUCUUUAUUUAGCUUUUGGCAGCCCAAAGCCAAAUAACACUUUUAAAGUCUUCCUAGUCUCCACUGGACUGAUGUUCACUGACUCCUAUACAGGUAACGGGACUGGCAUGUCUGCAUGUCUUUGUUAUAUCAGAUUUCAGAAGAAGCCUGUUCCGAUGUAAUAGCGCUAGGACUGAAUGUCCUCAAGACAGGUCGGCUGUUACAGCCCUAAAUGGAAACUGGUGUGGUUAAAGCAUGUUAACAUUUGAAGCUGUGAGUUGAUGUUUUCUCACAGUAUAUGCAGAGUUGUGUGUAACACUGAGCAUGGCAAGUCUCUACAGGGGAAAAAAGUAUCGGGCUGAGAACUUUUAUUUUACAAAGAGUCUAUAUCAAGGAUAACAGUUAAAUGGAAAUCUAUAUACUGGAGGAGAUGUUGUAUAUUUUUUUAUAUAUAGCACUUGAAGAUAUUUUGUUGUAGUACUGGUAUAAGUGUGGGUUUAAUAUACAAAGUAUAAAGACUUGAUAUAUAUAGACUUAUAUAUAUCACAUACCAAGAUUUCAAAUGAUAGUUCAGUUAUAAAUGGAGGUAGCAGCAUAGAAAGAGUGCACCUUAUACUGUAAUGCAUGAAAAUAAUCUGUGACACAAACCUACACUCUAAUGACCAAACUUUGAUAAAGCAGUUGGGAGGUUUUUAUCCUGUGCUCAGUUGUGACCUGCUGACUCUCCAUUUUGAUUGAUCCGUCAUUUUAUCGUCAGCAUCAUAACAUCACACAAAAAACGUCUUCGUUGUUGGGUUUUGUGCACGUCAUUAGCUUAUACAUGCAUGAGACAGGUUAUUUUUGAGUGACUUCUUCAUUAAGUUGAGGUCGGAGCUGAAACCAAGAAAGCGUUAAGUUUCCUACAUUGGGAAAUUCAAUCAAACCCCUUUCAGAAAAUGUGAUCAGUAUAUUUGAUUGGUCUACAUUUUGCAUGAUAUUACCAUAUUCACUGUGUUCUGGGAGGUUUUGUGGAAUAUUAAAAGUCUGCACUGUGCAUCAAUUGUUAACAAAAAGCCACGGGAAGUGACUCUGAAUGGAACAAGUUGGGUUUGUCCAACCAUAUUCAAUUUGUUAACCAGACCUAGACUGUUACUCGCUCACCACAGAUGCAGCACAGGUGCAGAUAAACAAGCACAGGUGUUGCUAACCAAACUGACACCCUCACUGUAAAAUGUGCAUCCCAGUCUUCUGUUUUUUCCCCUCAUAUCUCCGCUCUCUUCAUCUUAGCAUAACCAUUUUCUGUGUAAAUAUGUAAAACACUAAACAAUAUAACAGAGUGACAUUGUCUUUUAUUUAGACAAAAUAUCUAUUUCAAAUGUAGCCACUGUGACUAGACCAAAGCAACGUAACACUUCUUUUAUUUUUUGUGGCAUUUUCUCAUCCUUUUGUGUGCAUUUUUAAAAAAAGGUUACUUACGUUGUGUCUCCAGUAAUUCAGAAAGUAUGUAGUUGUCAUGUAUAUUUUUGUGUACAUUUCUUGUACAAAUGACUGUUUUUAAUUAAAGAACAAGUUGUCACACCUUAG